GGAGUUGAAUUCUGUUGGUUGGAUCCGCUAGAAGUUCAACAUCUCCCAAGACCCACACAAGGUGAGUUCUCCUCCUCUAACAUCCUUCUCUCUGUCUGCUUACUUCUUUUAUCUAGGAGACGAGUGGUUUCCUUACCUCUACUCGUCAUCGUACCGUUUCCCGAGUCGAGAUCAGUUAUGUGACAAGAUCCUCGAUUUUUUCGGACAGAUGACAUGGCAACAACCCGAAGUGUUCCACACAAUCUCGGGUUCCUCCCGCUCUCCGCCUGAUGAUCAACAUUCUGAUCCAUCAGCGGAUAUCCCCUGUGAAAGGAACCAUUACUGUCGAUGGGACAAAUCCAAAGCUCCACGUCGGAAAUGUGGCAGGUGUCAAGAGCAAGUCAACAAGUUUUUGCUCAAGUGCGCGUCCUGUGGCUUCAAGGUCUGUGGCAAGUGCCAAAAGAAGUUGGUCCCCAGGCACUCCCAAGACGGCGCCAAGGAUAGGAAGUUGCGCGCGCUUGGCCUUCUGUGAACAGCCUAUCGAUCGACAUUACUGCUACUUCUUGUCAUUCAUGUACACUUAACUCCAUAUUCAGAAUACCAAAAGCCAACCUCCGUGACAUAG